UCUAUGGUUUGGGCGCUAACUGUAAGGGGUGUCUGGGUUUGGGUCACGACAUUGAAGUGAAAACACCGCAAAUGAUACCCGAAUUGUGUGACCAAAGGAUCCGACAGUUUAUCAAUGGCUCGGACUUUGUGUUGGCUAUGAAUGAGGACAACCAUGUGUUCAGUUGGGGAGACAAUCAUUGCGGACAGUGCGGUCGAAAGGCGACACCAUUUCGCGUGUAUUUAAAACCGGAAGUCAUAUCUGAUUUGAAUGACAAGAAUAUAACACAUAUUUGCUGUGGUUUCAAACACUCCCUGGCCCUCACUACUGAUGGACAGGUGUACGGGUGGGGCAGUUAUUAUGAACAAUACCAAAAUGCUGAAGGGAGUGACACAAGGGUAAUCAAUUCGUGUGAAAAUCAUUACAAAAGUUUCUUUGAAGAGUUGUCGGACAAUCCGAUAGGUUCGGGAGGUUUCGGAACAGUAUUUAAAGUAAGGCAUAGAUUCGAUGAACACAUAUAUGCCGUCAAAAGGAUACAUAAAGAAGAUGAAAUCAAAAAUCAUAUGGAAGUUAAGAAUUUAGUAAAAGUUCGUUCAAAAUAUGUGGUCCAGUAUUACAACUCAUGGACUGAAGGGAUUAUACUUUAUAUUCAGAUGGAGUUAUGUGAAUAUAAUUUACAGAAUAUUCUUGAAGUAAAACUACAAGUAUUUGGUCGACAGUUAGGUGAAGCCAUGGAUUCAGUAGAGUAUCUCAUUUCGUGUGAAAUAUUCCGUCAGGUCUUAGAAAGUGUUCAGUAUUUGCAUGAAUUGAAUCCACAGAUCAUUCACAGAGAUCUCAAACCAGAAAAUAUAUUAAUCACUUUAGGAAAAGCCAUGGAUUGUGUCGAAUAUCUCAUUUCAUGUGAAAUAUUCCGUCAGAUCUUAGAAAGUGUUCAGUAUUUGCAUGAAAUGAAUCCACAGAUCAUUCACAGAGACCUCAAACCAGAAAAUAUAUUAAUAGCUGAAAAUAUAAGGAACGGUAGAUUUGUUAAGUUAUGUGACUUUGGUUUGGCUACAGUUCACGACAAACGCGUUCACUACCGGACGACACAAAAACACACCGCAGAUGUCGGGGAUAUGAGAUAUAUAGCUCCAGAAGUUUCUCAGGGAGGAAAAUACGGACAUAAAUGUGAUAUUUAUAGUUUGGCACUAAUUGGAGGAAAUAUUUUUGAAAUUGAUUUAUUUAAUCUAGAAUUAGAAGAUACAAAUGUAUAUUCGGAAUUAUAUCAAAUUUUAAACGAACCGGUAUAUCGACUGCAAACGAUCCUAAUAUCGAUGUUUAGGACCCGGUUGUGGCACAGAAGGCCGGAAUGCAGUGAAGUAUUGUCCGAAUAUAACGAGUGGUCUAUCGAUAGGAAUAUUCUCGCAAAUGAUACCCGAUUUGACGGAAUAUUAAGCAUACUUCAAUCCAAUGACAAUCAUCUAUUCAUUGAGUUGUCGGCCAUCGGUUCAGGAGGUUUUGGAACUGUGUUUAAAGUAAAGCAUAGAUUCGAAGAACACAUUUAUGCCAUCAAGAGAGUUGAGAUUAAAGACGAAUCUGAAGAAUACUUGCAAAGGUUUUAUAAUGAAGUGAAGAAUUUAAUAAAAGUUCGUUCGGAAUAUUGUGUUCAGUAUUACAACUCAUGGACUGAAGGGAAUAUACUUUAUAUACAUAUGGAGUUAUGUGAACAUAAUUUACAGAAUAUUCUUGAAGUAAAACAACAAGUAUUUGACAGAAAAUUAGGAAAAGCCAUGGAUUGUGUCGAAUAUCUCAUUUCAUGUGAAAUAUUCCGUCAGAUCUUAGAAAGUGUUCAGUAUUUGCAUGAAAUGAAUCCACAGAUCAUUCACAGAGACCUCAAACCAGAAAAU